AUGAACGGAAAUGUUUCCGAAUGGUAUAACGAAUGCGACAAUGCCAUUAGAAGGUCAGAAAUAGUUCCUGGAACUUACGAAUAUACAACUGCUGUUUCUUAUGGAAAUGUAGGUGAGUUUGGAGAAGGUUCUUCAACAACAGUAGAUAUUGCUUGCGACAGGUUUCAUAUAAUUUCUAUUGACAACUCAUUCUUAUACGUGGAACAAGACAUUGAAAUAAAACCUUCUGCCAAGUUGUCUGACAAGAAAGGUUGCAAUGGAAUUUUCUAUGUCGGAUACCAAUAUGCUCCAGAAGUUUUCAUGGGAUAUAAGAUAUAUUCUAACUCUGACUUAGUUCAAACAGUAACAUGGGCAAACUAUGAAUGGUUCGCUUUGAGAAACUCAGUACAACCACAAGCUAGAGAACAAACAGACCAAUAUGCAACUAUUGAGAAAAUAAGAAGACUUGACCCUAACGUUCCAGGAGUUUAUGUUAACCUUUCUGGUUCAGAUGGAAAUGCUGUCACUAAAGUAAAACUGAAACUUAGAGUUCCUUUGUCAUCUUUCCUCAUCUUCAGGUUUUUAAGAUACUUGCCAAACUGGGCAGGAAAAAUUUCUAUUGAACUUACUCCAAGCAAAAAUAACUUA